UUAACAACAAGCCCAGAAUUAAAACGGGCCUUACCGUAAUGGCUCCGAACUAAAAUCUAAAUCUGACCCGACGACCCGGAAAUUUCAACGAUGUCGUUGUUAUGUGCAGAAAUGCCAGAAAACACCACACACAUUUGACGGAAAAAUGACGCCGAUCUUAGUAUCCUUCAAAUCCUCAAACAACUAACGAAUCGCCGCCGGAUCCCGUAGCCUUCUUUUACGAUCAGCUCGUGAUCCGCGGUCGCCGUCUGCAAUUGAAUCAGUGGUCGAAGAAAUUGGAAACAAAUCAGCUCGGAAAGGGGAAAUGGCGGGAGCAGCGUCGGCGCUGUUCCUACUGGACAUAAAGGGUAGGGUUCUGGUGUGGCGUGACUACCGCGGCGACGUCUCCGCCGUGCAGGCCGAGCGCUUCUUCACCAAGCUCAUCGAGAAGGAGGGUGAUCCAGAGACUCAGGAUCCUGUUGUAUAUGACAAUGGAAUCACAUACAUGUUCAUACAACACAACAAUGUUUAUCUCAUGACAGCAUCCCGGCAGAAUUGCAAUGCUGCUAGCCUUCUUCUUUUCCUACACCGAGUAGUUGAUGUCUUUAAACAUUACUUUGAAGAGUUGGAAGAAGAAUCGCUUAGGGAUAAUUUUGUUGUAGUGUACGAGUUACUUGACGAGAUUAUGGACUUUGGCUACCCACAAUAUACUGAAGCCAAGAUCCUUAACGAGUUCAUCAAGACUGAUGCUUACAGAAUGGAAGUGGCACAGAGGCCUCCAAUGGCAGUUACAAAUGCGGUGUCAUGGCGCAGUGAAGGGAUACGCUACAAAAAGAAUGAAGUUUUUCUAGACGUUGUGGAAAGUGUCAAUAUCCUGGUCAAUAGUAAUGGCCAGAUAAUUAGGUCGGACGUUGUCGGGGCACUAAAGAUGCGGACAUAUUUGAGUGGUAUGCCUGAGUGUAAGCUUGGGCUGAACGAUAGAGUUUUGCUUGAGGCACAAGGGAGGGCAACUAAAGGAAAAGCCAUUGAUCUGGAUGACAUCAAGUUUCAUCAGUGUGUGCGCUUGGCUCGAUUUGAGAAUGACCGGACGAUAUCCUUCAUUCCUCCUGAUGGAUCUUUUGACCUCAUGACCUACAGGCUCAGCACUCAGGUAAAGCCUCUAAUAUGGGUUGAAGCCCAGGUAGAAAGGCACUCUAGGAGCCGCAUAGAAAUUACGGUAAAAGCCAGGAGCCAGUUUAAGGAGCGUAGCACUGCAACUAAUGUCGAAAUUGGGUUACCCGUCCCACAAGAUGCCACCAAUCCAAAUGUCCGUACAUCAAUGGGUUCGGCCGCUUAUGCUCCAGAGAAAGACUCGUUGGUUUGGAAAAUAAAAUCUUUUCCCGGUGGCAAGGAGUAUAUGUUGAGGGCAGAAUUUAGGCUUCCCAGUAUAACAUCAGAUGAAUCGGGCCCAGAGAGGAAGGCGCCUAUACAUGUGAAGUUUGAAAUACCAUAUUUCACUGUUUCAGGCAUACAGGUUCGGUACCUGAAAAUCAUUGAAAAAAGUGGGUAUCAAGCUCUGCCAUGGGUGAGAUACAUAACAAUGGCUGGUGAAUACGAGCUGAGACUUAUUUGAUUUGAUUGGCUGCUUUUGCCUAAUUCGCGUUACUCGUGAGGCUUUUGUUUCCCCUUAAAUCUUUCGUGUUGCUGUUUGUAUAAUGGAAACUUGUGAUUGCUUGGUCGCAUUUUUUAAUUAAAAGCGCUGCUCGUUUUGGAUAUAGUCACAAUUUUUUGCAUGUUUUGUAGAGACCAAAAGGUAUUAUAUUUGAUUCGUUUGGUACAAGGUUUCAUCAGGUGAUAAUUUGUAUUUCCAGAGAAAAUUGUUUGGACAGAAAAAUAAGAAGAGAAAAAAGAAAAAAGAGAUUAGCAAGCCUCAAGUAUUGUAACUCUUUCAGGUGAGAACAAGAUUUUUUUUUUACAGUUUCACUUUUUACACACUAUUGGUGCACUUGAUUUGGCAAUGUAGGCUUCUUUCUGAAUGCAUGUUUUCUGCAUCUCUCGAAAAUGCUAUCGUAUAUUAGAUCGAAUUGAACCCCUGCUCUUUCUCGGUUCACAAUGAAAAGAAUGUGAUCUCCCUCGACAAUCUUAUAAUACC